CGCCUGUCUGCCAUUCAUACUCUCAGUCUGCAAGGCGUCUGAACCCUCCGUCUUGGUGUCUCUUAGUUACCCGAACCUCGCCCUCGAGGAAGUGCUACUCCACGAGUCCCAAGGAGUUCUCGAAGAAUAAGAGUGAAGGAAGAAUCGAAAUACCUCGACCCCUUUCAAAGAAAUCUCGCACCCGCUCUCCUCAGCCACCAUGAAGACCUGGAUCCUCCUCUGCCUGCUGGGGUUGACCUCCGUCGCCCUCGCCUCCCCCGCCAAGCUCCCCGCCGCCCAGCCUGACGACAGCUUCGAGGACGAGCCCAAGAGGCCCUACAGCUUCUCGUGGGAGGCGUCGAGGCACUACCACGGGGCGCCGGACAGGGAGCACCAGGAGGAGCGCGGCGAGGAUGGCAUCACGAGGGGCGUCUUCAGAUACGUCGACCCCCGCCAGAAGGUGCAGGAGGUCGUCUACUACUCCGACGACAACGGCUUCCACGUAGACGCCUCCAACCUCCCUCAGGAUACCCAGGCCGUCCAGGACGCUCGCUUCCGCUUCGCCGAGAACUUCGAGAGGAUCCGCCAGCAGCACGCCCAGAUCGCAGCCGAGAGGGGCGUCGAGGAGUACCCUGCUGAGGAGCCGGAGACUUAUGAACAAGUGGACAUCCGGGACUUCAUCAACAACGUGCAGCUGAUCCCCCACACGCCCAGGGAGUCAGCGGCCGUCCUGAACCACCGCUCUCGCUUCGCUGAAAACUUCGAGAGGAUUCGCCAAGAGCACAGCCAGCUCGCCGCUCAGCUCGAGGCCCAGCGCGCCGAGCAGCCGCAGGAGUACCAGUAAAAGCCAAUGAUAGAAAACGGAGGAUGCUCGACAAUGAGAGAAAACGGAGGGUGAUGGAACGAAGGAGGACUUUUGUAGUUUUUUAAGGACGGAAGUGAGAUGGUGUUGGAAGAUGGAAGAUGGUGAUGGUGAAGAAAAGGAAGAAAUAAGAGAAGAAAUUGGUCGCUUACUCGAAUACAGACUCUAAUGACCGGUGCAAGAAGGAUCUUUUCUAAAUGAACUUUCCAACUUUUUUAAAAAGAAAAAGAAAAAAAUAUCUGGUGAUGGGUUAUUUCAUCUGGGUUAAUUAAUGUAUUAUCAUUGCCACUUAGCUUCAUCGACAAUAACCACCAACUCAUUACAAGUGUUCGAAUGCCAGAAAUGUUAUGAUUAAUCAAAACACACAAUAUUGCACACAUUAAAUGUCGGAUCUAUUUUGUCUUUGUGUCUGCAUUAUUUAUUCUAUAAAAUACUGUCCUUUGUAAAUUAUAACAGAACGUCACAACAUCUAUGUUUUAGUUCUAAAUAUUGUUAUUUCUAUUCCUCUCAAUAUACACGUGGGAGUAUGCCAAACACUCCGCGUAUUCACCAUAAACUCACAUUAAAUUGUCUUGGUGGUUCGUAUAGCUUCUGUUAUGUUGCAUAUCACUGCAUUCUCAUAUUGCAGAAAACCUUAUCAUGCCUUGCCAUCGAAAUGACAUUCCCUAAAAGCUCGAAUAAAGUUACGAAAUUCUGA